AUGGCGCAUCGCACCUCUCUCCACCUGUGCGUCCUCCUCGUCGCCUCUCUGGCCCUCGCCGGCGAGUUCUGGGCAGGCUCUGCGCCGUUUGCGACCCAGCCUGGCCUCGCAGCAAACGCAGGAUCUGGAGCUGAGUUGCCCACUUCCAUCGACAUUGACGAUGACGCCGAGGGAAGUUCGGAGGUGCGUCUCCCUGCGGCCGCCUCGGGCUCCGAGGCGGAGUCUCCUGUCUCCGAUGGGGGCCCCGGCGACGAGGUGUCGGCCCCCGACCUCGACGAGUCGAGCACGCAGGCAGACGAAGACAGCGGGGCGCUCACGCCGCCCUUGUCACAAGUGUCUCUCAGCCCGAUAGACGCUCUGAAGAGUCUCUUCCUCUUGGGCGACGCUGAGGAGACAGGCGCCAUCGGGUCCGAGUCCGGCAGCGCCUCUGCCAAGACCUCAGCGGUGAACCACGUGAACCGCCUGCUGCAGAUGCUCAGAGAGUCGAGCGACGACGAAGAAGAACGGCUCUUCCUCGUUGAUCGGAGAGAAAAGAAAUUCGUCACCGUGAAGGAGUGGUACGCGUCCACCGUCGCAGCGACUAUGCUCGGGAGACGCCCAACAGAUGAGGACGCGAUCCUUGUCACCGCGCCGUCGGCCACCCUCCCAGACGUCCGUAUGAAGGCGAUUUUCGACGGGCACGCAGGCGAGGCGACUUCGCAGUACUGUGCUCGGCACAUCGCUUCACACCUGGGCCAGCUGUCCGAGCUUUCGGCCGAGGAAAUUACGCGGGUGUGCCUCGAGCUCGACGCGGAAAUCAUUCAAUCGUCGGGGUCGACCCAUGUCGCGGGAUCCACAGGCAUCAUUGUACUGAUUGAGCGCGUGAACACUCCCCGGGUGGAGAAAGUUGUGGGAAGAGAACUCGUGCCUCAAGGCGAAGAGGGCGACUUUGUGCCUCUCGAGAAGUUGAUUCAAGAGGAAGACGACGCAGACCACCCAGAGCUCGCCGGCCGCUACCCAAAGGUCCCCGAGAUGAAAGACGUUACCAUCCCAGGCGGAUCCUUCAUCGUCACGGUCGCCAACAUAGGUGACUCCAGAGCUAUGUUGAUUGAUAGCGACGGCGGGUUCACGCGGUUGUCGAAGGACCACAAACCGAACCAUCCCAUCGAGACAGCUCGCAUUGAGAAGGCCGGCGGCUUUGUCCAGGAUUUCGACGUUCCGCGGGUAGAUGGGAUUCUCGCGCUCUCCAGAGCCUUCGGAGAUUCCGAUUUUAAAUUGAACCUCAAUUUGUCUGCGGAAGAACAGAAGGUCAUCGCGGUCCCAGAGGUCCGGAAAUUCUACGCGAAGCCAGGAGAUCUUCUGUUGCUGGCAUGCGAUGGUUUGUUCGAGCCGAACGGCAUGGACUGGUUGUAUGUUCGGGACUUGACACUUACGGAGCUAGAGAAGGCAAACGGCCGCCUGGAAGACGUUGUAGCGCGCUUGAUGGAUUACGCGUACGACAUGGGCUCCCAGGAUAACAUCAGCGUCAUGAUCACUUCUUUCCACAAACGCAAAGUGGAACAGCCUACUGCUGUCCACAAGGUUGUCUCAGGCGCCGGUGAAGUGGUGUCCGAGAGACAUCGACCGGGUGACGACGACGAGGCUGUCGAGGGCGACAUGGUGUCGCUGUUCUAG